AUGUUUAUAAUAUUUAUUAUUUGUUUGCUUAAAGCAGCAGAAAUUACAAAAACUGAAUUAGAUGAAGUGAAUUACAUGCAGACUGUGGAUUGGAAACCCUGUAUUAUAGAAUAUAAUUUUAAGACAUCCCAACUUAAGCAUUUUCUCAAGCAAUAACAAGUUAGGGUUGUGUAUUGCCUAAGGAGAGUGUUCCAUUUUUAAAUGCCACAUUUACUCCAACAAGAGUGAUACCAAGUGUUGACACCAGCAAACAAACUAUUUCGAGUCCUGAUAAAACAUAUGCUGAAUUUGGAACAAUCGAUGUUAACAACAAUUUAUUAAAGUAUUAAGUUGAUUUUACUACUAAUUAUCAAAAUAAAUUAGUAUAUGGUACAUUAUACACUCAACCAUUAUCAAUGAAUUACUCUGUUUGGGUUCAUUAAAACAAUAAAGUAAAAAUGGGAAUUUAUAAAAAAUAUAGACUAUUGCAUAUAAAUUAUAUGAGUGUCCGAAUAUGACAAUGGAUUUCACAAUCACUCAAGUGAAUUUGGAAGGAUUAACAGAGGUAUAAAAGAUGGAAGUUGUAAAUGCUAUGAACUCUAUCAAAUUCUUAAACCCCAUGAUAAAUCAGUAUUAUGAGGAUCAUUCUGAAAAAUUUUGUUCAAAAUUGAAAUUGUUUGUAAGUGAGAAAUUGAUAUCCAAUAAAAUCAGUUUCACCAUGUUUGAAUUUUACUAGUUUGAUGAUCCGAACCCUAAGAUCAUUGAAUCCAUAGAGAACAUAAUAUUCUAAGGACUUAACUUUAAUGAUUAGAACUAUGUCCUCGGAUUAAAUGUGGAAAUCUUCAACUAUUAGACCGAGUUCACAACACCCUUGGAUGUCCAUUAGAUCAAGUUAAACACUUAUUCGUUCGGAAUCUCAAUGGAUCUCCUCAAAUCCUACUUCAACUAUGGAGCUGAGAAUGGGAUGUUCGAUGUAACUAUUACUAACAAUAACUUCCCAAUUGAGGGGUUCUCUUAUAAGACUGGAGAUUUAAGGACAAUGAUUCCAUCAGCCUACUAUUCCUUCAAAUUAAACACAGAAUUGAUAGUUUAAUGCAAACUCAUUACUCAUAGUUUUAUAGGGUUGACUGAUUUGGCCGUGAUCAACAAUAGUAUUUCAGUGUAAUUGGGACAUCACUGUUAAGUCAUUACCCAAGGCACUUUGAUAACAGGUUUCGAUAUCGACGUUGAGAUGAAAUUAGCAAUAAAAGAGUUCUCAGAAUACAUAGACUUCGUAUCAUUGCUAUUUAAUUAAAUUAGUUUAUUAAGGAAUAUCGUUUACUCCUCUUGAAAUUCCAAGAAGCACCAAAUUAUGGUAUUUGGAGUCUGAAGAAUUUGGAAAGGUAUAAAUACUAGAUAAAUUAAAUUUAAGUAUCAUUUAGACCGGCCUGGAAUAAAAUUUGAUUGGCAAAAAUGUAUAUGGAUCUGGAUGGUUAAAAAACUAAUUGGGUCCUUAAAUUAGUUAUGGAUUUUCGAGUCAAACUCUAGCUAUUUGGAAUGCACAAUUGAUUUGAUGAUCUAUAUUAUCAAUAUAAAAAAAUCGUCCCACC